AUGCGUCUCCCAAGCGAACAAGUCCGCGUGGGCAUAGAGAAAGUCCGGGAACUGACGCAUGCGGCUGGCAUCCUGGGCCAAGGACUGUUGGAGAACCAGCGGCGCCUUGAAUCGCUCCUGGAGGAGGCCAACGAUCCGAGUUGCACAGACGGAGCGGCGCGCGAGCACAUUGACGCAGUGCUGCUGGACUUGCAAGAGGAGCGCGAUAUGCUCCUUUCACGACUUAACAAUGCAUAUGCGCCCCAAGAGCACGCGCUGAGCGAGGCGAGCUCCGCGCCGUUUGCCUUCAACGCAAGCUUGGAGCUGGAUCAGCUGCGCCGCGAGAAAGCAGACGCGCUGCACCAGGCAGAACUCGCCAGGAUGCGCAUCGCUGAUCUAGAGACGAAACACGAUGCAUUUAAACAGGAGAAUUGGGACCUGUUUGUAUCCCAACAACGGCUCGAAGAGCAGAUUGCGUCGCGCACUGCCGCACAAAACAGAGCGGAGAGUGAGCGUCACCGCAUUACCAACGAGCUCGACAAAAUGCGCGAGGCAUUCGAGGCACAGGCGACCCAGCUUGAGCAGCAGGAUGAGGCGGUGCGCCGACUCGCGAAGCAGCGCGAUACAGAACAGGCACUCUCGCGGCGCGAGCGCGCAGGAUUCCAGCGGAAUGUGUCUGACUUGCAGGGCCAGCUGAAGCGAACCGAGCACCAAAGCGAACAACGCACAAUGAAAAGGACUCCGUCCUCUCUCGCCUCGCCCACGAGCACGCUAAGGCCUGCGACGCCAAUGCUACGACGCAGCAAAGCACUCGACGAUACUGAUUCGAGCGCAGAUGAAGUGCAAAUGCCCAAUGUCCACGGUACGGAAGUCGAGGAGCUGCACCGGAAACUAGCCAUUGCUGUCAAGCGUCUCGGUCGCGAUAGUCAGCAGCAACGCAAGCUGCGCGACCAGCUGAGCGAGCUGCGCAAAAUGGUGGGAAUGCCAGCAGAAGAAAGCGACGAGAGCGACAAGGACGAGGCGUGGAUGACCGAGGCAAUCCACGAUCAGCCACGCCCGCUGCGUCGCGUAGGCCAAGCACGUAUCCCGUCGCGCACCGUUUCCAGCGCUCAAGCGCGCGACGAGAGCUGGGCAGAGGACGCGGACGAAAGUGUAAUUAUGAAGGACGUGCCGCUAGACCCUUCCAUGGCAGACAUGCUUGGCGAAGGGCUCACAAGGCGUGUUCCCAGCGGUUCGGUGCAUAUCGGCGCGCUUGGUGCCGAGCUGGACGCACAAGGAUUCACAUUCAAGCCAGGGAUGGUCGAUGUCGGUGUCAUGACCGAUGCAGCCGAGCUGAUCGCGCGGAAAGAGCAUGUGUUUUUUGUGGACCAGCUCAAGCAGGCGCAUGCUUUUGCGCUGGAAACGGCGGAGGCAGAGCGCGCGGCGCUGGCAGAGGCACUCACUGCCAAAGAUGCACAAUAUACCCAUGCCCGUGACGACCAGCAGCAAGUGCAUGCCGAUGCGUUGGCAAAGCUGCAAGCACGCCUCGACGCUAAAGCCAAGGAACAUGCAUCAGCGCUAGAAAAAGCGACUGCUGCGAAGGAUGCAGCAAGUGGCGAGCACGAAAAAAGAGUUGAGAUGUUGCGUGCUGAGCUCAUAGAGUACAAGGAUAUGCUUGGCGCGCUGGAAAUAAAGCACAAGGCUGCUACCGAUGCCGAGAAAAAGCACUUGGCUGCACUCGCUGAGCAUGGCAGGACAGCCGACGAACUUAAUGUCGCGCUCGAAAAGCGCCAAGAGGAAGUGGCGACGCUUGUUCAGGCACAUGAGAGUGCAAAGGCGACUUUGGAAAAAGUGCGUGUGGAAAGCAAUGCGGCUUUGGACAAACUGCGUGCAGAGCUCGAACAUCGCGUUGCUGAAAAAGCGAAUGUCGUUUUUGAGCACAAGGCUGCGAUCGAUGCGCACGCCGAAAAGGUGGAAAGCGUCUGUGCAGAGCUUGCAUGGUACAAAACGAAAAAAGUGGACGCCGAGGUACAGCACAAGUCGACGCUUGAGGAGCAUGCCAACGCAAUGGCAGAACUGCGUGCCACUCUGGAAGAAGAGCACAAGAACGAGCUCGAGGAGCUUACAUCGCGCGCUGCCGCUCAGACAAAGCAACUUCAAUUGGACGCCGAGGUACAGCACAAGGACGAUUUCGAGAAACAUACCGCUGCAGUCGCCGCUCUCAAACAAGAGCACGAGAGUAACAUUGAGGAGCUUACAACACGCCUUGUAUCCCAAUCCAACCGACUGCAAGGGGAAACCGAGCAAAAGUACAAAUCCGCACUCGAGGAGCAGUCCAAAGCAAUUGGCGCACUGCGCGCCGAGCUGGACAAAGAGCAAGCCUGUGUCGCCAAAGCCGAGCAAGCGUGUCAAUUUAAAGACACAGAGAUGAACAGCCUGCGUGCCGCACUCGAGAAAGCCCGCAUCGCUGACUCCGACACAGCGCAAGCACACCAGUUUGCGCUCGAUGCCAAAGCUGCCGAACUUCGUGCAGCACUGGAGGCGAUGCAAUCCAAGCACGACGAGGAAACUGCGCGCCUCCGCGCCGAGCUUGAGCAAAAUACGCUCGAGCAUGAUGCGCUCCGCUCUCGCCACGAACAGUCCUAUGUGCAGCAUGCCGCAUCAACAGCCAUGCACGAAGCCGCGGCCGCCAAAGCUUCGAACACGAUCGAGACGCUGCACAAAGAGCAGCACGAUCGAGACGCCACGAUAUCGCGUCUCGAAAAAGCGCUCGCCGAGCAGACAAGCGUUGCCAACGAGCUCCGCAGCGGACAGGAAGCGAGCGCUGCACAGCUCCGUGCACAGCUCGACCAGAAACAAUCCGUCAUUGCCGAGCUCGAGACCAUGUUCCAAGAAAAAGAUGCGGAACAUGCGCAAGCAAGCGCUUUGCUCCGCACCGAUCUGGACACGUACCGCGAAGCGCAAGCCUCGGAAAUGGCCGCGCUGCAGGCCCAACUUGUCGCUUUGCAGCACAAGCUUGAGGCUGAAACACAAGCCGUUGCUGCAUUGGACGCGCAGCUACGCAUCCAGCAAGCGCAGGCCGCUUCGGAGAAAGACCACUUUGCGCUUCUCCAAGCCGAGCUGCGCAAGCAACUGGCGAUCAAAGAAGAUCAAGUCAACGCGCUCGAGUCCAUGCGCCGCUCCGCGUCUGAAGCGCAUGCAAUGUCAUCCGCGACGCUCGAAAAAGAUGCGGCCGCCGCACAAGCAGCGCUCGAGCAACUCCCUGCUCUCCGUGCUGAUCGCGACAGGCUGAGCCGCAGCGUCGCGGACCUGCACCGCAACCUGGACGAGACGCAAUCCGAGCUUCGUGCGCUGCGCAGCGCGCAAGUAAAACAAUCGCCCUCGACGCCCAAGGCGCGCGACGAAAGCCUGCCUGCGACACACCGCCGAAACAAGUCGGUCCUGUCCACGCUCACGUCCGAGACAAGCUUGGACGACGCGGCGCAUCCCGAAGAGAUUCCUGCAUGGGUGGGACGUCCUGCGGCCGCGCCUGCUUUGCCUUCGUACCUGCGCGGUGUCGAGCCCGAAGUGGCCGACGCGAUUAUGGAGUGCAUGAUCGGCGAGUGGAUGUACAAAUAUGCGCGGCGCUCGCUUUUAGGCGGUGCAGAGCGGCGCCACGCGCGCUACUUUUUCAUCAACCCAUACAACCGCACGGUGCAUUGGACCGAGCGUGAUCCCACCACGAGGGCAGGCACCGAGGCCAAGUCCAAAACGGCACACAUUGAAGAGGUCGCGCUCAUGGACGACAAUAACCAGCACCCGCCGGGGCUCUAUAGCCAAACGAUUGUCAUCCGCACAGGCCGCCGCGAGAUGAAACUCACCGCGCCGUCCAAGGCAAGGCACCGCGUCUGGGUCACUGCCCUCGGCUCGCUCCUGCAGCGCCCCGACCCGAGUAUUGCCGGCGGCUACGGACAUGCGCGAGUGGCCUUGCCACUCGAUCUCGACACACGGAGCAGCUCGCGCAUAAGCACGCCCGCGCCACCGCAAUCGCCUGUGCACGCGGGCAUGUCUGGCUCGCGCAUCACAGCGCUCCAAGCUUCAAGCCCACGCACGGUACGUUCCAGCAGACGAACCGGGCCCAUGCCGCGUGCAGCCUCGGCGCUGGGGAACGUGACGGACGAUCCAGACACGACGCCCCGUGCCGCGCCCAUGCUCACGCCUGAAAUUCCCAUCCUAGGGAGCCCAGUCAAGCACAAGCAGGCGCGCCGCGUCGCAGUACAAGGCAGUCUGCCACCGACGGCGUCGCCGAGUGUAGUGUAUGCGUCGGUGCCUAUGGGACAAGCAACGCCGCGCGCCUCGUCGAGGGCCGGCUUGUCAUUGCUUCGUGGAUAA